AUGGACCCUUCACAAGACUUUGAAUCGUCAAAACUAGGCACCAAAGAAUAUUGGGACUCGUUAUACGAUCGUGAAAACACCAACUUUAACGAGUUUGGUGAUAUUGGCGAAGUAUGGUUUGGUGAAGAAAGCGUAGAACGGAUGGUGGAAUGGGUUACUGAAAAUGCUGAAUGCGGGGAGACAAGGAUGGUCGAUCUUGGCUGUGGCAACGGUCAUUUGCUGCUGGAGCUAUCCAAUGAAGGAUAUCAGCAAUUGACAGGUAUUGAUUACUCGGAGCACGCUAUUACUUUGGCCAAAUCCGUAGCCAAGGAACAAGGCCGUGAUAAUAUCCACUACGAAGUCGUUGAUCUGUUAUCCACUGAACCUGGAUCUUGGGCUGAUAAUCAUUCAUUUGACGUGGUGCUUGAUAAAGGUACCUAUGACGCUAUCUCAUUGAAUCCUGAGCAAGAAGAAGCAGACGCAAAGGGUGAAGAUGGUCCAAGAGAACGCUACAUCAAGGCUGUCAGCAAGAUCACCGAUCAAUACUUUCUUAUCACCAGUUGUAAUUGGACCAUGGAUGAACUCAUUGAGCGAUUCAAACCCUUCUUUAAAUACCAUUCCCACGUAAAGUACCCCACAUUUUCCUUUGGUGGACACACUGGAUCCAAAAUUUGUACCGUUGCAUUUGAGCCAUUGUCAUAG